UAUGAAAAAUCUUUACGGGAUUUAUUCCUAAACCUCCAACUGAAUUCCAUAUUCAAAAUGAUUCGAUGAAUUUGGCGAUGUUUUCCGAUGAUUCGCUGUCAGAAUUGUUUGUAAACAAGAGUGUGCAGUUCAGAUCCGCUUUGCAGAGCCGAGGAAGAAGAGCGCUCAAGAUCCUCAAUUUGCGUGGCCAGCGAGGUGAUCCUGAACCUGAUCAAAGUCCAAAGUGUUGAGAGUGUGCUGAGCAGAAUGUCUGACUCGAAGGUGAACAAGAUCAAGAAGGAAAUGCUGGGGAAGAAUAAGAGCCUCCAAAAGCGCUCCCAGCGCAUCGUACGAUCUCAGCAAUAUGUGUACGUGACGUAUAUGGAGGAACAUCCGGACUUUGUCACCAACGAGACGAAGGAACACUGGAAAGAGCUCGCGAGGCGCCUCAAUGACUCGAAUGGGCCGAAGAAGUCCCCGGAAGAUUGGAAGACAACCUUUAUGCGUUGGAAGCAUCAGGUGGCGUACAGAGCUCGCCAGGCGGCCACAGGGCAGAGCAAACUAUACAAAACCCUCACGCAAAUCGACGUGAGAGCGUUAAUCGCCCUGGGCAAGGAGAUCCCCAUGAAUUGCCACAUUAUCGGCGAGACAGAUCCCAGCGAACUGAUAGAGAUGCACGCCAAGAAGCGCGAGAGCCUCAAGUCCGAGCCAAACAAAUCGGAAGCAAGCUAUGAAGCGCCGGAAGAUGAAAAUGAGGAGCAAAUCAAAAUCCUACAGGUGGAGGAGGAAGAGGAGGAGGAUGAGGAGGAAGAUGACGAAGAUGAGGAGGAGGAUGAGUAUGUGCAGGAGCCGAAGCGCUUCCGGCAGCCCGUGAAGACCUAUCAAGUGCACAAGCGCAAAGCUCCUAUUGCUGAGUCCACGAGGAUCAUCAAUCAAGCUGCCCCAUCCAAUAUGCCUGAGCAGAGCCGAGCCACGUCUCCGGAUUCGCCUGAGUACGUGUCCCAGGUGCGCCCCCUUGACGACAGGCAGUUUCAGCUGAAGAAGCGCGAAGUGCUGGCGUUGGAGAGACGCGCCAUGGCCCAGGAGAGAAUAGCGGACGCCUUCGAGAGAAUCGUGAAUGUGCUGGAGAGUCGAUUCGAGAGAGAUCUCCCGGACCUCCUGUAGGCGUGCUGUGUAGUCCUUUGUGAGCAUUAAAUAGUAUUCCU